GGAGCUGUAGCUAUUUAAAGAGGGUCAUCUUGUCCCGGAUAAAUAACAGAGGGUCCACGGCGUUGACUAAGCGCCUCUAAAUGGUCUUCAUCCUGCACCGUGCGUCUGUCUGUGGCUACUUAUUGUGUUUUAGUCCAGACUGACGCCGCUUCACUGCUGUGACAACCCUGCGUCAACCACACUCAGACCAGCAUCAGCUCUUCUCUGAGGGCUUAGUCCGGUUUGUUAUUUUUCUGAGAUACGUGAAAAAUGGGUAAAGAUUACUACAAAACGUUGGGUAUCUCUAAAGGAGCCACAGACGAGGAUAUAAAGAAAGCUUACAGAAAACAAGCGCUGAAAUGGCACCCGGACAAAAACAAGUCUGCAGUCGCCGAGGAGAAAUUUAAGGAAAUCGCUGAGGCAUACGAAGUCCUCAGCGAUCCGAAGAAAAGGGAAAUUUAUGACCAGUAUGGAGAGGAAGGUCUCAAGGGAGGAAGUGGACCCACCAGUGACGGACAGGGCAGCACUUUCACCUACACCUUCCAUGGGGAUCCUCACGCCACCUUCGCCACUUUCUUCGGUGGUUCGAACCCCUUCGAGAUGUUCUUUGGGCGUAAAGCCAACGGGCGAGACGAUGAGGACAUGGAGGUGGACGGAAACGACCCUUUCGGCUCCUUCACCAGCUUCAACCUGAACGGCUUCCCUCGGGACGGCCACAUCGGCCUGGGAGGGCAGCAGCGCCGGAAGCAGGACCCGGCUAUCAUCCACGAACUGAGGGUCUCCCUGGAGGAGGUCUUCCACGGCUGCACCAAGAGGAUGAAAAUCUCUCGCAAAAGGCUAAAUCCAGAUGGCAGGACCAUGCGCAACGAGGAUAAGAUUCUCACUAUCGAGAUCAAGCGAGGCUGGAAAGAGGGAACCAAGAUCACGUUCCCACGGGAGGGAGACGAGUCGCCAAACACCAUUCCUGCUGACAUUGUUUUCGUCAUCAAGGACAAGCCACACCCUCACUUCAGGAGGGAAGGCUCCAACAUUGUGUAUCCUGUUCGCGUGAGCUUGCGACAGUCAUUGUGUGGAUGCUCGGUUACCGUGUCGACGAUAGACGGGAAGACGUGCAACAUGAAGAUCACAGACGUCAUCAAGCCCGGCUUGAGAAAGACUGUUGCUGGGCAGGGUCUCCCUUUCCCCAAAAACCCAGAGCAGAGAGGAGAUCUGGUGGUGGAGUUUGAUGUGAACUUUCCCGACACGUUGCCUGGCAACGCCAAGGACGUCCUGAAACGGCAUUUACCUGCUUAGGGCAAAGGACAUGGAUUGAAUGAGGGGAGAUAACCGCAUGACAGCACUCACCCUCGUUACCAAACACACAAACACACAAACACACAAACACACAGGGACAGUUCUGACAGCUCACAGAUGGACCCCCUACUGACAAAUGUGCAAUUUCUAUUUUUGAGCUAUCUGUUGUUUUUAUAAAUACUGUGCAUGUUGCCAAGGUGAUACAGGUGAAAGACUGUCUGACUGGGUUGUUGAUAUCUGAAAGUACACAAUUUAUAUAUGUGGGUCUUUUCCACAAUCACUUUAUCUUUUUGUUUGUUGGAAAUAUUUGGCUGUGAAUGAGUCUACACUUACCAGACAGAAUGUCCCAGUGAUCCUGGAACAACUGCAGUGCCAAACAGUACAUUUUCCUGCUCUCAUUUAGAUUUGACAGGUUUCAUUGCUGACAUUUUGGAUGCUGUUUUAAAAUUUGUGUACAAGUUAAUAAGAGGAAAGCAGUUGAGUGAACUAAUCGGGAUCGUCAUGUGUGCAUUUUAGAAACUUACAUGUUGAGAAUACUGAAGUUGAAUUUUAAAAUAAAUAUUUCCACAUGAACUGAUCUUGAGCCGUUUCAGUCAUGGAGAGGCAUUCAGUGACUCCCCUUCCAUGAAAUAAACAGUGCAUUAACAAUAAUCACUUUAAAACCACUAAUACUGCUUAGGCCUAUUUAUAGUUAGUCUGCAUAGCAAUAUUACACUAAAUAUGUUCUCUGCAGAACCAGGAAAUGAUGUGGUUCUUCAGAAAUACAGUAUAUUUUUUGUAGUCAAAUGUGAAUAUUUUGUUGUUGUAAAACUUAUAUGGUAACAUUUCAAAGAUCAAAAUUAAAAAUAUAUUGACUGAAUUUAAUGCUUAAAGUUACCAAUGGCAAAACUAUGAGUGUGUAAAUAUAGCUGUCUGGUCUCAGCUGCUGGAUAUCAGCUGCCAACACAGAGGCCUUUACAUUUUCCCACCAGGGGACGCCACAUCACUCAUCAUGGAGUGGGGGGCCCAUAGAAGGGAGAGUCCAUGAUAAACAGAGGGGGCCACUAGGCUCGAAAUGUGGCAUCAAAAACAGAAUUUCUUAGUGUGUGUGGCCUCUACUGAAGCCAUAUAACAGCUGGUAUUAGAUGCCUACUAUAUGCAUUUAUCACAUACAUAUUUUCAUUUACUGUCACAGAUAAGUAUCAUAUUUUUUAACACUUUUUGUUACCAUCCACCACCAAUCUAUAUAUUAUAUAUCAACUACUAAUAUAUUAAAUACUAUAUAUUAACUAGGCCUCUGGUGGCAACGUAAAGUGUUCCUUUUGCUGACAAAGUAUUUGUAUUGAAUGGCGCUGCUAUCCUUAAAAUACUUACAAGCACAUUUGUGCAAAUGAUGAGUCACUGUUAUCCAGGGAGGGUGGUGAGUAAACACACCUGCUCCUGCUCAGUGUGUGAGUUUACCAGCCUGAUGGAAAUCUUCACUGUAUGAAAAUCACUGUAUCCGACUCUUAAGAUCAAACUCAUGCUAGGUCUUUGAUGGAAUUAAUGCACUUUUAACUAUAGUUAACCGUUGGUUUCUGUCAGUGGUUGCUUGUAUAAUAAUAACCACUAACUUAAGAUCACAGCUUAAUGUGAUCAUCUUUUUAUCAGCAAAUCACCUGCAUGUGUGGUGAAUGAUGAUGCUUCUUAAAGCCUUUUUAACAGUUUCUCUUUUUUAGAGUGUGUCAUUUUAUAAUAAGUCUGUAUCUUGAUCUUACAUUCAGUGAAUAUCCCACCAUUUAACACAGCAUAUUAACAGUUUCCAUUUUAAUAGGCCAAUUUAUAGUCAGUGAAUUGUUGCUAACACAAUAUGGCACAUUUAAGAAACCCACUUCACUUUUGAUAAAUAGGCUCUAACGAGUACCAUUAUUUCUUCAAAGAGGAAUGCUGAUAUGUAGGGGGAUUCUGAGGACCACAACAGGUCUCAUAUUACAAUUUUAUUAUUAUUUUUUAAUCAGAUAUGCUGUAUGAUGCUUCCAUGUGGACCUUGUUCCCAGUGGAUUUGGGGUCCUAUUGUUAAGCAUAAUGAGGAGCCGUUGACAGUUACACAUGAGGAAUUGCUAAACUUAGACAAGACAGGCUUUACUCUCAAUAUGUUUUCUCUUGUUAUACAGUAAUAACCAUUUACUACUGAAUUAAAGGGAACAAGCACCUUGACUCCUGGGCCAAAGCCUUUUAAAAAUUGAUUUGUGAACUCAUGUGAGGCUGAUUUGGAUCUCUGUGUCACAUCAAAGUUGUGACAAACUUCUUGAUUUUGUGUCCUAGUUUUCAGAUGUCAUGUUUUUUUCUUCAGUUGUCUGUCUAUCUGUAAAUAUUUCAAAGGCACAUUUCUCUCUACUCAGCUUAGCUUAUGUUUGUUUUCUCCCUCUUAAUCAAGAGUAUGAAAUGGUGGGUGUACGAUGUGCAAACCUUUAAUGCACUGAUUGAAAACGACGCUGAUGAAUAUUAAGGUUGUGUACAUAAAUCUGCUUCUCCAUUGAUCAGUGGUGGAAAGUAACAGUUUUCAAUUUAAUAGGCCUAAAUUAAUUGAUAGGCCAUAAUUGAGUACAAUUUUGAGGAACUUGGUCAUUACUUGAGUAUUUCUAUUUUACGCUAUUUUAUACGCCUACUCUACUACAUGUCAUACAUUU